AUGCAUUCACGGCGGAAAAAGAAACGGCGUCUGGCUGCAGCGGUUGCUGCCGCACAACAAGCCGGUGCGCGUGGUUUUGGUAAAUCCGGUACAGGUGGCACAGCAGCGGCAGGCACUGGCAUCGGUACGGGUCUGGGGUCCGCCCUGGGUAGCGGGGAGUUCGGUUCGGGAGAUGUUUCCGACGAAACCCGGCAGGCCUUGGUCGGGAAUGCCGGUCUCGGCGAUCUAGGCAGCGCGAAAAAGUGUCGGGCCCGAUUCGGAUUAGAACAUCAACAUCGGUGGUGUAAACCAUGUCGGCGAAAAAAGAAGUGCAUCCGAUUUUUGACCGACGCGGAAUAUGACGAAUCGGAAUUUCCAUCCUCACCUCCGUCCAUCGGCAUCUCGGCCACCACAACAGGUACUGGAGGAACAACCGCGCCUGUACCACGGGAUUCCAGCACACACCCAACCUCACUUUACGCAUCCAGUGUGUUGCCCACCUCUGUCUCUUCCUCGGUCGCUGAUCUGGCGCGUUGUUCAUCUUCCUCGUCUGAACCUAGUGUCAGCCAGUCGGGUGCGGGAGCCGGUGGUGUCGAUUUAUGGUCUUGUUACGUGCCCAAUUUGCCUGGGUCUGGACCGAAAACAAGUCCGCCAGAUACCCCGUCUGGACGCAAUUCUUAUGCUGCUCCGAGUCGAACGCCCAAUCCCGCUCCACCCGGUUUGCCCGUUGUCCGUCGUCAAUCGGCCGAUCAUACAUCUACUACAGGUCCUAAUGCCAUCACGGAUCGUUUCAAACGGGAAUCAAGCGAAGAGUUGAGCACGUCUGGAAGUACCAGUUUGUUACGUGGAUCAUCUUGUCCGGUCGGCGGAACUAGUGAAGCUCAUGCUGCUACAUCAUCGCACUUAGCCUCAAUUGUCUCGUUCUCCGCAACUGGAUGUGGUUGA